AAUUGUUUGGAUCUGAGACAACCAAGCUGUUCACAACUCAAAAGACCUUUCCCAAUUUAGUUUUGUCUAAUCCAAAAGCCUUCGAAUGUAUUUGCCUACAGUCAAGUCGCCUUUUAUUAUUACUCGUAUAUUAGAAGACAUGCCCAUCAUCAGUGGUUACAAAAAUCAUUUGAAGCAUCAGUCCUCUUCUCACUUCAGGGAAGAGCCCUGUCCUGUCUAGAUCUCUUCCUCCCACUUGGGUUUCUUCUUCGUAGUCUCAGAUCUCUUGCGUUUGGACUAGGAUACGUCGUCGUUUUGUGGUAGAUCCGGAGCUCUGAUCCAAUCAUGGCGGCUGCUAACGCUCCCAUCACUAUGAAAGAGACCCUCACGUUGCAAAGCAUAGGGGUGAACCCACAGUUCAUCACAUUCACCAAUGUUACGAUGGAAUCGGAUAAGUAUAUAUGUGUCAGAGAGACGGCUCCUCAGAAUAGUGUGGUGAUUAUUGAUAUGAACAUGCCUAUGCAACCUUUGAGGCGUCCUAUUACCGCCGACUCUGCUCUUAUGAAUCCUAAUUCUAGAAUUUUGGCUCUUAAAGCUCAAGUUCCUGGAACUAGUCAAGAUCACUUGCAGAUUUUCAAUAUUGAGGCAAAGCAGAAAAUGAAAUCAUAUCAAUCUUCCACUUGA